CCCUUCUUCAAAUAAUGAAAAUUACAUCAAAAGUCUUUAAAUAUUUACAUUUGGAUAAAACGUACUGCUUGUUAAGUGGUAAGAACUUAUAUUCUUGUCUCUAGGUUAAGUUUAUUGGCAUUAAACGCCUUAUCAGUGGCGACAGUGCAUGCUGAUAUGAAAAACGUUCUUCUAUAACUUUUUUGUCAAAAUCCUCAAUUCUUUUAAAUAAAUAAUAAUUCGAAUUAUUCAUAUAGAUAUCCAUUGUUUAUCGGUCAUCCCCAAUGACAUACUCGCUUCACUCAAUUCUCUUAUUGCAUUCCAGGUCGAAGUAUUCAUGUCAUUCUCGAGUUAUUCAAAUGUUUAGACAUUCACCGAGAGUUACAAUUAAACGAUGUUCAAUUCUUUGCAUUCAUGAGUUGUUCAACUGACUUGACCAAGUCACAGAUUUACAAAGUGUUUGAUAUGUUAGAUGUCGACUGUUCAGGGACGUUGGAUUUCGACGAAUUUUAUUUGUUAGUGUGUAUCUUGAUUGCAGUACAGGACAAGGACGAGAAACAUUUCAUUUACCGCCAUUCAAGAACUGUAUUUGAUUUACUGGACGAGGAUGCUAGUGGGAAUAUUUCGUGCUAUGAAUUUGAAAAAUUUGGAUUUCUUUUUAAUUUGCAAGGAGAGGCAAUGAGGACAAUAUUUUCUGAGUUUGAUGUAUCUGGAGAUCAUGUAAGUUCAGAACACAUAGCCUAGAAAGCACCCUUCCGGAAACUUUGCCGAUAGAGCUUCGUUUUGCAGAGUUGCGGGUAAAAUUUCAACUUUUCACAUCUUCCUCAAAAUAAUGUGAAUUAUCGCUUUUUCAAAUUGAAAAAUAUGCAAAUGUCAUUCAAAAUCGGCUUCUAAUUUCUAUUUCCUGCUGACUAGUAUUUACCCCAAAAGCUGCUAUUGCGAGCGUUAGGAAGUGUUGUACAACAUUAGUGUUUUCUCCAUCUGGUAUCGGUACUAUCACAAUAGUAUCCUGCCGACUUCAACCUUCUUAGACAAGUAUAUCAUUUAUUUGUUUCAUGGUGUUAGUGUUGAGUGUUCCACAUUAAACCUUCCUCACUCACCUCUCCUAUGGUAAAUAGCAACUCUGCGUUUUCGUGUAUGUGACAUUAUUGAGUUUUAGGCCCGUUUUAUACGUCAAAUUUUGGUCGCGUCGAAUGCAAUUAAGACAAUAGAUAAUGAGAUGAUAAAACUCAUUAAGCUUCAUUACCGUAUUUGCUCGUUUGAGCGCCGCGGCGCUCUUUAAAUUUUCAGAGCUUCAGAUGCGGCGCUCAUUCGGGGGCGGCGCUCAAUCGGGGGCGGCGCUCUUUAAAAAAACUUUUAUUUGUGAAUUAUAACAAGAACUUUUAACA